AUGAGGCAGCUGUAUCCGACUACGUACCUUACGCUCCCAUCGCUCCUAUUCAAAUUUGCAGUGCAUCAACUAAUCAAACGCCAGACCAUCAAAUGCCUUGAGCCGUCGUACCGCUCUGAUCCUCUACGGCUCAGAGACCGGCAAUGCGCAAGAUGUAGCAUCAGAAAUCGCUCACUUGACCGAACGACUUCGCUUUGACACCACCGUACUCGAUCUAGAUUCCGUCCAAUUACGAGACGUAGUGAAACCAACCGCGGUGCUCUUCGCGAUAUCCACCACCGGCCAAGGUGAGAUGCCACAAAAUGCCCGCGCCUUUUGGAAGACGCUGCUGAGCAGCGCGCUUAAGCCUGGCAUUUUGAGGAAGCUUCGCUUUUCUUCUUUCGGUCUUGGCGAUAGCUCCUACGCGCAGUAUAAUGUCGCGCAUCGUUUGUUGCAAGGCAGAUUGCUCCAGCUGGGUGCGAAGACAUUCUGCGAGCGAGGUGAGGGCAAUGAACAGCAUCCAGAGGGCCACAGCGCUGGCUUUCGAGAAUGGAUAGUCCAGCUCAAAGGCAAGCUCUUGGAGACGUUCCCGCUGCCCGAUGGCUUGGAGCCCAUACCAGAAGACCUCUUUAUUGAACCUAAGUGGAAAUUGUCAGUUCUAGAUGGCUGCGCAUCAUCUAUCAAAGUCCAAGGGGCCCCAUCUAAGAGCCCCGAGGCGCUGAAGGAGACAGGCGAGCCGUCCACUGACCUAUUGCCUGUGAGGAACUCAUACAUUGCAACAUUAGAGCGUAACGAUCGCAUCACGCCGUCGAACCAUUUCCAAGACGUGAGGCUUCUGGAUUUGCGAGUUAAGGAGACAGUCACGUAUGGCCCAGGAGCAGUAGCUGUUAUAUAUCCCAAGAACUUUCCUGAAGAUGUCCAGGCAUUCAUCAAGCUCAUGCAGUGGGAGGACAUGGCCGACAUUCCGCUAAGCCUCAUCACCAGCAGUCAGAGGGAGGGAGAUGCGACAUCUACUCCCUCUCCGCUACGCCAUCUUGACCUAAGAAACAUUAAAAUUACUCUUAGAUGGCUUCUGGAGAAUGUCCUUGACAUCAUGUCGAUUCCUCGGAGGUCUUUCUUUGCUGGGUUGCUAUAUUUUGCCAGUGAUAAAACCGAGGAUGAGGCCUACCAGAAGGAAAGGUUGGCGGAGUUGGCGAACCCCGAAUUGAUCGACGAAUUGUGGGAUUACACCACGCGGCCCAAGCGCACGAUCCUAGAGGCGAUGAUGGACUUCACGCUCGUCAAAAUCCCGUGGCAGUAUGCGUUGACCGCUCUCCCAUUGAUCCGUGGACGUCAAUUCAGCAUCGCCAGUGGCGGAGCUCUGAGGACGGACGACAGCGGCAGAACAAGAAUCCAGCUCUUGAUCGCCAUUGUAGACCCGCCAAGCCCCAUCAUCAAAUGGCGGAGACGCUAUGGUGUGUGCACACGAUACGUCACCGCCUUGAAAGACCAACAGCAAAUAAACAUCGGAAUAGAGGCUGGCUAUCUCGAUGUGCAGCCCUCCGAGAUGGAAGCACCUGUCAUCAUGAUCGGGCCUGGGACCGGAUUGGCACCUAUGCGAUCCAUGAUUCAUCAGCGACUCUCGUGGGCUCACACACCUGGCGUUGCCAAGGCUGGGAAACCUCUCGAGGGCGACGUCCUGUUCUUUGGCUGUCGCAGCGAGCAUGCGGACUACUUUUUCCGAGAUGAGUGGAAGAAGUUUGCCGAGACUGAAGGCCUAGCUGUUCACACCGCUUUUUCAAGAGAUAAAGAUAAGCCGAAGCAGUAUGUGCAAGAUCAGAUCAGGGGUCAUGGAGCAUACAUGUGUGAUGCGCUUGUGAAGCAAAACGGGAAAAUAUAUGUAUGCGGGUCUUCUGGUAACAUGCCCAAGGGUGUGAGGCAAGCAGUCCUGGAUGCGAUGGUUGACCAUGGUGCGAUGCAGUCGAUGGAAGAAGCCGAAGCGUAUCUCGAUCUUAUGGAGAAAGGCGGAAGAUACAAGCAGGAAACUUGGUAG